GGCAUACAAUAGAAGGCAACACCUAUAUGUGUCUGUGUGAAGGAGAUCUUCCAAUCAAAGAAUGAGGAUUACAAGAUUGACAGAUUUGGUGCAAUUAUUAUGAUUAUGCUGCAAGUUCUUUGCAAAUGAAUACCCAGAAUAAGAAUAUACUGAGCGACAAGGUUCAAGAAAUACUUGGGAUGGGAAACUCAUAUGCUGGGCAACUGAAGACGACACGUUUUGAAGAGGUCCUGCAUAACUCGAUUGAAGCCUCCCUGCGAUCAAACAACUUGGUUCCCAGGCCUGUGUUUUCACAAUUAUAUCUAGAGGCUGAGCACCAAUUGAUUUCAAACUUAGAAGCUUGUAAACGACCGGGAACUGAGGAGGAGGAGGAGGAUGAUGGGUCAGAGUCCAGUAGCCCUCUCAUUCCAUAUCAGAUGAAGCCUCCCCCUGAGGGGUGUUGUACUACUGAUGGUUUCUGUCAGGCGGGAAAGGACUUGCGGCUCAUUUCGAUGUCAAAUGAGCAGAUCGAGGUGCCAUCAGGAUUCCUACUCAUCGGUGCCAAGUCUCCCAAUCUUCCUGAACACCUUCUAGUCUGUGCUGUGGAUAAGCGAUUUUUACCAGAUGAUAAUGGCCGAAAUGCUCUAUUGGGUUUCUCUGGCAAUUGCGUUGGCUGCGGAGAAAAGGGAUUUCGCUAUUUCACUGAGUUUUCUAAUCACAUCAACCUGAAACUGAUCACCCAGCCAAAGAAACAAAAGCAUUUGAAGUGUUACUUGAUUAAAAAUGCACAGGGCAGUCUAACUAAAGGACCCUUAAUCUGUUGGAAGGGUACAGAGGGCAGAACCCAGCAGUCACCCUCAAGUUCCACCUCGAGCAUUCCCUCACAACCACCUGAGAGUCCCGCCUCAUCAACGACAGGAGCAUCAGCAGACAGCGUUGCUGGGAAUAAUCAGAAUGCAUUAACUGGAUUACAGCAAGCAGGUGCUCCAACAGAUCAGGCUGUUUCUCGAGCUGUUAUAGGGGCUUCUGCAAGUCAAAACAACAGAGAUUCAGUCAGGCAUCAGAACGCAAUGAAGACCAACAACGUAUCCUGUCAGAAUAUGGCGAGACCCUCAGUGAUAGGCAAUUUAGCUAAUUCAGGGCCUCCAAAGAAACGGCAUAGGGGCUGGUCACCAGACUCCUCCUCAGCAAUAGAAACACUCUCCAUUCACAGCAAUCCAACAGCUCAAAAUUCAGGAAGCAAAACUGUUGCAGACAUUGCGGAAUUAGCUUGUAUGACUCAAUCCAGCCUUUUAGGACCAAUUUCUUCUCCACUUACUACCUCAGAAGAACCUGUCGUUGUACCUGACAAUUUACUUAAAAUCUGCAGGACCAGACCUGUAAUUUUUAAAGGCCAUGGAAACCUUCCUUACCUCUGUGGUAAUUUGAAUGAUAUAGUAGUCAGUCCAAUGCUGCAGAACUGCUACCGAAACACUCAAACUUUCCCUCGAGCGUAUGAACAACAUAGUACAUCUGUAACUACAGUGUUGUCCGUAGAGAUGCAAAUCUUACUGACAGUUUACUACCUAGCUCAACUUGCCCCAGAUCAGGUUCCUUUGAUUGAGGACUUGGAACACAUAUUGGUGAGAGCCUGGCAGGAAUCUAAUCUUACUGAAACCAAACAAUACCAACAAGCCGUUUCUCACUCAGUGCCAUAUGUGUCAUCAUCAACGUUGGCUGUCACGGCAAAGCAACUCACUUGGUUGGCUAAGUUAGCAGCUAGCUCCUGCAAGAACGUUGUCAGGAUCCUGGAUUCAACAAAUUCAUUGGCGGAAGGCCUCACAGAAACAUUUAAGCUCCUCAGUGAGGGAAAAUUGCUGGGGAAGAAUUUUGUGGUGAUUAUUUGCAUCACCAAGAACCAAAGCACUGAGUCAUGUGUGGUGGUAACAGGAAAACGACAAGCCGGAUUUCUAGCAGAGAGAAUGCUUAGUCCCAAAGAUCAUCUGAAAGAAAUCAACUAUGAGCUUGUCACUGGAAAAGUUGGGGCUCUAGGAGCUUUUUUCAGCAGCCUUUGUCCAGAAGGAGAUAUUGACACACUCUUAGAAAAGUGUAGUCUGACAAGAAAUGGCCAAGGCUGUUCUUUCAAUGCUUCCUUAAAGAAAUUCGAUGACAGCACAGCUCAGAGACUAGCUGUAUGUUCAGGUUCCACAGUUUCAAACAAAGGAACAUGCCAGAUUCAUCCCGUUCAACUUGCAGUGGCUCGAAAGUUGCUGUCUCAUGUCUGCGCAAUUGCUGAUUCCAGCACACAAAAUCUGGAUUUGGGCUCCUUUGAGAAAGUGGACUUCCUUAUUUUGGUGCCUCCAUCGGAAGUGGCCUACCAGCAGACUGUGUUGCAUGUCAGGCAGUCAGGGAUCUUGGUAGAACUUGGGUUGGAAGGAGAGUGUACUGCAAAUCAGUGUGCAGACCAGUAUGUCAUGAAGCUUACCACAGAAGCUCAGGGCAAGUUUGAAGCCUUCCAGCAAAGAGCAUUAAAGAACCCUUACACACUGUUCAUACUGAUCCAUGACCAUGCACACUGGGAUUUGACCAGCGGGGGAACAUUUUCACAAAGUGAACCGUUUCUGGGCCUGGCUGAUAGAAUCGUGAACUGCAAAGAAAUGAAAGAAGCACUGAAUGUGUUAACACUCCAAGUUACAUCUUUCCCCUUUGCUCUUCAAACACAGCAGACCUACAUCAGCCCCUAUAAUGAGAUCCAUUGGCCGUCAUCCUGCAACAGUGGAGUGAACUUGUACCAUGAAAACAAUAAGUACUUUGGACUCUCAGACUUCAUUGACUCCACCCACUCUGGGCACAAACUUCCAUUGUUGAGAUAUGACAGUUCUUUUGAAGCAAUGGUUACUGCAGUGGAGGAAAGGUUUCCCAAGAUGCAUAGUGCUGUGAUCUGGACAUAUAUUUUAAUUCAGCAUUACUCGGCAGCCAUGAUGGUAACUGCAGGGCACUCACAGAUGAAGAACUACUCUUCUGUGGAAACUCUAGAAAUAAUUCAGAGUCUUAUAAGUUCUGCAAGAAACUGUCCAAACAACCAUGGCUACAUGGUUUUGCUCAGGAUUCCCUCCAUUUCACUUGCAGCGCUGGCAUAUGAGAGAUUGUGUCAGGUGAGACACCGCCUGGGCCUGCAGUACAGAUUUGAAAUCAUCCUUGGAACUCCAAGCACUAAAAUCAAUAUUAGCCAGCACUUUCUGACACAACUGAAGGUUUGGCAAAAGAUAGAGGAUCCUGAUUGGGCACCUGAAACCUACUUGGAUCUGGAAGACCUACCAUGCAUUCUUAUCUUAUCUGGUGCCGAUCCUUAUGGAGAAUCCUUUCCACGAUUUGUUGCUCUUGUUUUAGUGACAACAGUUGCAGACUCAGGAAAGAACAGUAAUACUAAGAGACAACGUUCCUAUUCUAAUCAGUCAGCUUCAUCUAGAUCAUCAAAAACAUCAAGCUUACUUUGCGACGGUGAUCCUUUCUUGCCUUCUGGAGCAGAGGAUACUGCAAGACAUCCACUGCAUGUUGAACCUGUUAAUAUUGAGGACAGCAGUGUGACCAGAGAGAAAUCCAAGCUGAGAGCAGACAGCGUGCAACAAAAGCCUAACCAUGAGACUCAGUAUCCAGAAAAACAUAGAAUAAACUUAGAUCAAAUCGACAACAACAAAACCUCACAAAGAAGCUCAAAAACCUUUUCUUCAGGCUCUUCGUCUACUCAGACUCCAAUUCUGGGACAAAUGUCAUCCCAGUGCCCAAGGACGAAGGCAGCAAGUCAACCACCGACUGUGUUCCUCCCAAAACUGAUCUAUGAGAUUAUUACUAAAGUGGACAGUUCUGGAGUGGCUAAAUUAUCAUCCUUUCUUCCACACCAUUCAGUUCAUUGGAUAACCUCCUUUCAUCCUUCAUUGGCCAAAAUGAUGACUUCCACAGAGCAAUCCCUAUACUAUCGCCAGUGGACAGUGGCUAAACAAAACCAUAUGGAUUUCAACAAAGCACAGAAUAGAACUGAGGUAUUUCAUCCACGCAGACUUCUGCUAAAUGGUCCACCACAGGUGGGGAAGACAGGAGCCUAUCUUCAGUUCCUUGGUAUUUUAUCGAGAAUGUUGAUUCGAUUGAUGGAGGUAGAUGUUUACGAUGAAGAAGAAAUUAACCUCACAAUCCACUGUGAUCUGUUGUUGAACUACAAUGAGAAACUGGAAGGUGGCUAUUGGGUGACACAAACUGACUGCUUCGCUCAAGAAUCUGCUGUACAGCUCACGCAAGUGGGCUGCCUUUGUACAAUGAGAGAAGCCAAAGAAGAUGCUUCCCUGCAACUGAAAGAGAGCUUACUGUGGCCUCAUUUGGAGAGUUUCAGUAAAUUGUUAUUUGAUUACACUGUUCACGAUCCAAAGUAUGAAGAUGCAAGUCCAGUUUACUCAAGGGAUCUUGCAAAUAACAAAGGAUAUAAAGCUCAUAAGAAAGAAGGUGAUAUCUAUCUGCGACGCCAAACAACUCGAAUGAGGUUGUCCAAGUAUGCUGCCUAUAACACAUACCACCACUGUGAGCAGUGUCAUGAAUACAUGGGUUUCAAUCCCAGAUGCCAGCCGUACGAUUCCACACUCCAUGCCUUCACCUUUUCCUGCUCGAUGCUGGGAGAGGAAGUUCAGCUCCAUUUUAUUAUUCCCAAAUCAAAGGAACAAAAUUUUAUUUUCAGUCAACCUGGAGGCCAGUUGGAAAGUAUGAAGCUGCCACUUGUUACCGACAAGAAUUCAGACUGUAUAAAGAGUCCAAUCUUCACACCUACAACUGGGCGUCAUGAACAUGGUCUCUUCAAUCUGUACCAUGCUAUGGAUGGUGCCAACCACCUGCAUGUGCUGGUGAUCAAGGAGUAUGAGAUGGCAGUCUAUAAGAAAUAUUGGCCAAACCACAUCAUGCUUGUUCUGCCCAGCAUCUUCAACAACUCUGGAGUUGGUGCAGCUCAUUUUUUGAUCAAAGAACUGUCCUAUCAUAAUUUGGAACUGGAACGUAAUCGCCAAGAAGAGCUUGGAUCUAAACCCCAAGAUGUGUGGCCGUUUAUUGUCAUUGCUGAUGAUUCUUGUGUGAUGUGGAACAGUCUUAAUACUGACGUUUCUAAGAACGCUACCAGUGCACCUACUGAACCAAAUACCUUAGAGAGGAAUGUUUCUCUGAAACAUGUACUUCAGCAUAUUGAGGCAACUGCUCAAAUUCCACACUAUGCCCUUUGUGGGAUCCGGAAGUGGUCCAGUAAAAUAAACAAUCUGCACCUUGCAGAACCUUUCUCCCGCUGUCAUCUACAUGAUUUCUUGCUGCUAAACGUAGACUUGACUCAAAAUGUCCAGUACAAUCAGAACAGAUUUACCUGUGAUGAUGUAGAUUUUAACCUCCGAGUCCAUAGUGCUGGUCUUCUUAUCUGUCGUUUUAAUUGCUUCAGUGUUAUGAAGAAACAAAUUGCCAUUGGGGGGCACAGAACCUUCCAUAUCAAGUCAAAGGUUCCUGAUGUACCAAUGUCCAUUUCCCCGUCUCAGUAUAUCUGUGCUCCGGACAGUAAACAUACAUUUUUAGCUGCACCAGCCCAAUUACUCCUGGAAAAGUAUCUGCAGCACACAAGUAACCAUCUUUUUCCAUUGUCUGUAAGGAACUACAGUCAUCCAGUACUCUCAGUAGACUGUUAUCUCAACUUAGGUCAAGAGAUUACAGUUUGCUUUGUGAGUUCACGUCCUCAUUCUUUAAAUAUAAACACCUGUGGCCUUACUUUCAGCGGACUCCUCCUGUAUCUCUGUGACUCAUUUGUCACAUCUAGUAUUUUGAAAAAAUUUCACUUUCUGAAAGGUGCUACGCUCUGUGUGAUUUGUCAGGAUCGUAGCUCUCUUCGUCAAACUGUUGUAAGACUAGAGCUGGAAGAUGAGUGGCAGUUCAGAUUACGAGAUGAAUUCCAGACGGCUAACUCCCAAGAAGACAAGCCACUCUUUUUUCUGACUGGGCGACAUGUCUGAGACACGAAAAUUUCCCAGUAACACAGACUGCAAAACCGAGCACUCCAUAAGUAACACAGAAUUUACUUUGAGCCAUGAACAUAUUCACGUGUUUAAAACAGUGUUGUAAAAAAAAAUGAAUGGUACCAAAUUAAUUACAUGUAAAGACUGAUAUACAUCAAGAGCAAUUUCCUGUAAACGUUCCUCAAUUUUAUGCACUGCCUUAACAUAUACUUUAAAAUGGAAUUUUUGAAGUGUCUUUACUUGCCUGAACAAUAGACAGAAGUGUAAGCUUUAAUGUUUUGUGUAGUUUAGAGUCAAUGAUUUUGUAUUUGAUCCAAUUUGAAACAUCCUGGUUUGAAUCACCAUUCUGCUGUUUUGAAUGAUAUCAGAAAGUGUCCCCACCUCACUAGACAUUGUGGUAGUUGGUGGCAAAUCUGCACUUUAGAACCUUUGACUGUGAGAAGUAUGAUGAGGGACUGAACUCUUAAGUAGCCCCUUGCAGGUAAUGGAUUGAUUUAUAAUUAGGCAUUGUGAAACUGCUGACCUGAUGAAAACCAAUGGGGUUUUAAAUACUUCGAUGGCUGAAAUACCUUUCCUGUUCCCAAAAUCAAAGUCUUUCUUUUGGAGUAAGGAUGGAGGUUAAAUAAAUUUAUCGGAAGUUUACAUACAUUGACAUAUUUGGUUAAUCCACUGCAUCCUUUAGGAUUGAACAUUGAUUCAUUGAUAUUUUUGCAAUAAUUUUGCAUACUUUGAAAAUAUGGAGAGCCAGGGGACUCAGUCUAGAAGGAUGGACCAUAGAAUCAUGCUUUUACCAUCUCUACAAUUUGUCUGCUGGAUAUGGGAUGGAUAGGGGAUGAAGAGAGGGGCUUGUAUGGUGAGAAAUAUACAUCCACUUGUUCCUGCUUGUCUCUUAUUAAUUUUCCAAGAUCCUAGCCUAGUCCAAAAGAUUUUAGAUAAUCUGGCUCCAAAAUCUAAACUGAUGAAUAUUUUAUACCUUGAUUGAACUAACAUGAAAAACAUUCUAAACCUUGUUUUAAUUUCCUUUCACAUUGAAGACAGUAACAUUUCUAUACUGAAGUGUCGAUAUUGCUAACAUUUGGGAAACCUUAAAUAGAAAAGUUAAGAAUCACUCUAAAAGCUGACAGGAAGAUUUUGUAAUGUAAUAACAAGUUGGGAAAACUUUUCCAUUCUUUUUGGAAAAUAAACCAAAUAACUAAAAUAUAUUUUUCGGGGUAAAGGUUUAAAUUGCUGUUUAAAGGCAUGCGGCAUAAUUAUUCUCUGCAAUUCACCAAUUGAAGGACAACUGAUACACACAUGAAAUGUUUGAGCAUUUUAUGUAAGACUUAAAUAUCAGAAUUCAUCUCAAUAUUGGAAGGACUUGUGUCAUGUCAUGGAGUUGAAUGUCUUUUGAUCUCACCUCAUUUGGAAGUCAGUGAUAAUCGGAACAAUAAGCACUAUAAAACCAAUUGUGACUGAAUGAUAAGAUUGUCAUGUAUUGCUCAGAGUGUAAUCUAUUGCAUAAAAUAUGGGAACAAAUUCUAGCUCUCAACUGACAAGAGGUCAGUCAAGUCGUUAAAAUAGCUGUAGAGUACUCGUUCUGUGCCAAAACACUGCCAUUUUAACCUCAGUUUUUGGAGGUGGCUGAGGCAUCAACUGUAGUCAGUGGGGGCUUUGUGAAUCUGUCAAAAUUGAGGCAGUGUGAUAAUUUUUAACUAAAUUGUCAUGGCCGACACUGAGCCUGGCAGUAAGCAGAUCUGGGACUGGAAAGGGAAGGAGUCCUCCUUUGAGCUCCAUCUUUGGCCUCCCUUGCUUCAGGCUUUCCUCCCUCAGACUUUGGUGCCAUUCCGAACUCAUCCUCCCAAAUACUUUGGUGAGAGCUAGGGACCAUUUCUCAGAUCCUCACUUGCAUCCUCCUGUUGGUUCAAAUCCCGAUCUGGUCUGCCAGCCAGUGCUUCCAGCUGGCUUUGAGUCAAAGACAAACCUGGAAUUGUGAAAAAGGGCCUGGCAUUGAACAUUUCUCAGGCCUCACACAGUGAGGGAGCUGUGUGGUUUCCCAUCUGUCCCUUCCUCAUAUUCAGCAGCCGAGUUCCAACUCAACUCAAACUCUAACCUUAUGUUUUCUUCCAGCCUGUCGUUAUGUCUGUGGUUACUUUUCGUUACAGAUUGGUAGGCUCCACUUUGUAGCUUCUCAUCCUCGAGGUGGCAGUGAAGUGACAUUGUGCUUGAGUGUGGAAAUCUCCAGCGUAUUUCUCCAACGUCAAAAACCUUUUCCAUUCUGUGCCAUUUAAAUCCAUUUUAACCAUUUAUAUCUUUGAUUCCCAAAAAAAACUAUGAAAUAUGGUACCUGUCAAAUCUUUAUGAAAACUCAACUCCAACACUCAAAUUUUAUGCAACAAUGUUUUAAUUUUGGUUUGACAUCACUCCACUUAGAUGUCUCUAAACAUGGUACAUUUGAGGUACAAACAUUAAUGUUGACAUAGAAUUAUUAGCUAAUAUUAAAGGAGGCAUUGAUACAAUAUAUUGUUUUUCCUACGAGCCCUUGACCUUAAAUAACAUAAUGUGUCACACCUUACUUUGAUAUUUGAUAUAGAAUUUAUAUCCAAUUUUUUGCUUUUUUCCCUCUGUUCCUUUUGUGAGUUAUCAGCUCUUUGCUAGAAUUGGUUCUAAGUGUGAUAUACCUGUCUGGUAUUUAAUUUCAAGUACAGUACUUGUUUUUCUGACUUCAUGUCACCCUCAACCAGAUAAUAAGGCCAAUCAAAUAAUUCCACUUCAGAUGUUUUCAGCUGACAGCACAGAUUAGCAAUCUAAACUGGUCCUGUCCUAGUCUGAGUGCCUAAUUUCGCUUUUCAGGUUAGCAAACAGAUGGACCUGUUUCCAUCUAUAACUUUUGUUUGAAUUCAUUGAAUAGGUAAAUAUUUCAUGAACCUGUAUCCCAAGUAUAAAUAGGUGCCUGCAAAACAUUUUUCAUUUAAUAGCUUAAUUUAACAGUAUGGUAUGUGAGCACACAACAGCAUUCACACAGAAUUCACACUGUGAUUCCAAGUUGAGAUUAUGAUGCACACUUCCAAUGGUGAAUGGAGAUAAUUAAUUCAGUUUAAAUUUGAUCUAAGUGUGGGCAGAAUAAACAUUGAUAUUUUACAUAAUGUUACAAAAGUAGUUUUGUUUACAUUUUCAAAACUACAGUAAAUGACAAUUAAAAAUAGUUUUUUUUUCUUAAAAAGAUGAACAUUUUAACGAUUACAAAGUCAACUAACUUAAUUAUGAAGAAGACUAUUUGCAGCUCUUUGCUCACCCCCAUUAAGCUCAAUAUCUAUAAAAUUUAAAUCCUUUUCCCCCAGAAAAUAUUGAAUUCCUACCCAAACGUCUGUACUGUAACAGUCUAUGAGACAUUUUAAAGAUUGUUACAAAACAAAGAACUGUGGAUGCUAGAAAUCUAGAACAAAAAUAAAAAUUGCUGGAGAAACUCAGCAGGUCUGGCAGCAUUGGCGCAGAAAAAGCAAACUUAACGUUUUGAGUGUAGUGACACUUCUUCACAACCAUCAUUAACAAGACAAAAUAUUUUUUAGAUGCAUGAAGGAGCAGUUUGCAUUCAUGUGACUAACUUUAAAACAAACAGUAAGACCAGAAUAAAUAGCAGAAAGUGCUGGAAUUACUCAGAAGGCCAAGCAGCAGCUGUGGAGGAAGGAAAACAGAUAUAACAUUUCAAACCAAAGACCUUUCAUCCGAAUUGAAGCAGUUUCAUUGAUCAGAAACAUUAUUUUUCUUUUUUCUCUCCCCACAGAUACUGCCAGACCUGCAUUACCUCCAGCAUUUGCUGUUUUUAGUUUCUGAUUUCCUUGUGCAGAAUGGUAAUAAUGUGUUUGAUGGAGCGUAAUGCCUCCUAACACCCAGGUACUUGUAGCAUUAAAUUAGAAAAGCACUUCAAUAUACCGAAAGGAAAACAAUCACUGCUUUCAAAAUCAAGAGACAUUAAAUGAUAGUGAGGACAUAAUUUGACAGUAGAAACCCUGAAUUCAAAAGAUUACCUCAAUACAACUCUCAAGAAUAAAAUCUAAUAAUAUGUUUUUCUUACCGUGUAUUCUAAUCCUGAGUGGGUCACAACGUUCACUAUUGAAAUCAGUUGAAUGCUCCAAUAUCUAGCUUUGCCAAGAGGGAAACUCAUUCAAAAUAAGACAUUUAUCUGCAUUUCUAGUUAUGUCUGUAGAUGAUACUGUACUGUCAGGUGUGGGUGUUCUGUGUUUAAGACCUUGUCAUGCAGCAAAUUGCAAAGCUUCAACGUUGCUAUGUCCUGACCCUGAAAGCAGAUAUGCAGUUGCAGUGUAAAGGCUCCAGGUGGCAGUAUAGCAAUGUUGUAGACCUUAACAUGGAAUCCCAAUCCAGGCCCAGAGUUCCUUUUGCAUUUUUAAAUUAAAGUAAAAUUUUGUUGAGCAAAAGCACAAUACCUAAAUGGAAACCUUGAUUUGCUGAACUUCAAACAUAAUGCGUCGUGAUAAGGCAAGCAAACUGCGUCCACCAAUAGCUGCAAUUUCUCAAUUUCUAGCAAUCAUCACAGAUUGGCUGGAAUGUAGCCUUCAGCUUCCCAUCCUUCCCAACCUUUAAUUGGUUCGUAAACAGGAAAUUAUGGAGAUGUAUAUUCUGAGGGAGGGAGACUGCAACAACUGAUGUAUUGGAAUGGAAUAAGUAAUGGAAUAGAAAUUGCAGUCUGAGUGCAGUACUGGCAUACUUCACUUCUUAUGGUCACAUUGCUCUACUUCAUUCUCUCUUGCUCAUGAAACAAUGAAGGCACAAAUGUUCACUGGAACCUGACACACAUGCCCACAGACCAUUAUUACUGUGUGGAAUGAAAGAAAAUUUGGUUCCUAAUAAUUGAAAUGAAAACCUCCUAAGUGUGCCAACACUAGUCAUAACCUUAACAAAAACCGAAAGAACUGCAGAUGCUAUAAAUCAGGAUCAAACACAGAAGUUGCUGGAAAAGCUCAGCAGGUCUGGCAGCAUCUGUGAAGAAAAUA